CUGCUGGCACUUUCUAUAUAAUAGCUAAUGCCAUUCAAGGGCUUGCUGAUUCCCCGACUGCACCAAUGAUGCCGCUCGAAAUACGUUUCUUUAAGGAAUAUGAUCGCGUGCGAUCGCGGUACUACCUAGCCUUGGAAGGAAGACCAUACAAGGGAAACAACAGCACUUUCACUCUGCAUUCCUGUUUGGCAGCAUAUGAAAGUAUUGUGCAUGCGUGUACAUUGUAUGGUACACUUACUUUACAGAUGUCAAGGAGAUGCAGAACCUUCAAAUCCGACACAGCGCGGAUCGAUUUUUUCAAGUAUUGCGCCUCUGGACAGGCUCCGUUCCCUCACCAAUAAUCCACACCCUCAGCCAAUGGUGUGAUAAUAUUAUUACUAGCCAACACGACUACUUCCAUGCUAAUUUUGCUUGAAUACACUUCAGCAGCUGCCCUGACAAAACCAGGCUGGAAUGAGGUGACCUCUCUCUGGCAUUCUUCGUGCGACCCAUUAAUUCGGGAUUUGAUUUACUUCAUAACUUCAAGGAUCAGUGUGCGGUUCAAUCAAAUAAUAAAGGCGAACCCUUAUUCACAACAAAUCCUUGACCAUGUUUUUUUUUUUUUUUUUGGAUUCUUGUCACCCAAGACUUUCUGAUAUUUCACUACCCUCCUCGAAAAGUCAAUCAAUGGUUACUUUCAAAGAAUUCUGAUAUUUUAAAUUCCUGAAAAUAUUUUGGUAGCCGAAAUGUCUCCAGCUCCGCCGAAGCCUUCAAUUAUCGGAUGAAGGCCAGGAUCUUCUAACUUAGCCAGGGUGUCGGGUCAUUCAAAGUUCUCCAGUUGUGUGAACGUCCCAUGUCGUCAUUUUUUUGAUAGCACUGGCUGAAUCGUCAAUGCUUUUUCUAUGGUGUUCGUGUCAUUUAAUUCUAUACAAUGCCAAGGGCGAGUUUCUAUUUUUCUAGUAUCCCGAGGAGCUGCGUCAUAGAUAGAGUAUCCGGACAUUGCGACAUUUUCUAGGAGAGAUUUUGUGAGUAGAAAUUUUUGUUUUCUUUAUACCUAAAUUGACAGUGCUAACAUGUAUCACAUUUCGUGCUGCUGCAUAUAUCUAAAUACACUCUCCGAUAUUUAGGGUUUUAUUAUAUCGAGUCAAAGCCAUUUUUCUGCCUGAUGCUAGCAUUGUUCUAAUGCUGGACGAGCACCUCUACGUUAAUGUUAAGUCCCUCGUUUUCAGAAUAUCGGCUACACUGAGCGCCUUGAUGCUUUCAUAGUCAAGCCCUCUUUUACAUAAAGGUCGGUUAAAAUGACGUACGGUAUGACACAUGUCGAUUUUGGGUUUGUGGGCCUUCCACCUGAUGCAGCCAUGCCUGAAGUUUUAUUUUACUCUCAUUAAAGGUAUGGUGAUGGUACAUCUCGUGUUAACCAGAAUCCUGCACACACUUUCGGUAUUGGGAUAGUCUACCUUCGGCUCAGAAGCAAGCAUCUGGUUUGAACUGGUUAGCGUUAGCUCCUUUACUGCUUGCUCAGCUCCAUCGGUUCAAGGGUACGUCAGCCUAUGCCAAGUAUGCAUUCCUUUACACAAUUUCAUUCAAUAGGCCAAUGCAUUAGAAAAUCUAAGGUCAGGAUAACAUAUAUGUGUGUUUGAUUGGGUCAAUAUAUCAGCAUCACGUCGAGGUCGAUAAUAGCAAAGGGUUCUGCUCUGUCCCGGAAGACCUUCUAGCCCUUUCGUGAACGACGGUGUGUCUGGACUCCCAAUUGUAUGGGCUUGGAUCGAACCCUGGAUUUGCUCGCCUCGCCGAAGGACUUCAACGCAGGAGAGAAUUGUUUCCCUAUUGGGUAAGCAAGCGAUCCCUAGCGGGUUACCAUCUGCAUACGCUACUUUGAAUGCGUUAAAUAUUAGUUUGCCCUACCAAAUCUUUUCUUGACCAUCCAAGCUCAACGCAAGGCGGCCUUACGAUCGCUUGGAAUCCCUGGCAUGCAGUUCUCCAUGUCAUAUGGAUGCCAACUCGUCCCCACUCGUCCAGGCUUUGACGGGUUUGCUAAUGUAACAAGUGUGAAUAUAGAAAGGGGUCCGAGUAUGGGUACAUGGUCUUAAAGGAGCUAGAACUACUACUACCUCAUAGUAACUUACACCUCUCUCCCGACCAUUCAUUUAUCAAUGAGGAUAUUACUUAUUACUCUCAUUGUGUGAGAACUUACACUUAGUCCCGUCAUUCUAAUUUACAGGGAACAGUACCGCCAGAACCGCUGGUUACUUUUGAUUAUAUCCUACCCCAAUACAUAAUGGAUCAGUCAGCACAUAAAAUCCUCCGAGCGCAAGGUCAACCGCAGAAUUAUCCCCUAAACAUCCUCAACUUGCCCAAUUAUUCAAAUUUUCCAAAUACUUUCAUUGAACCAACUGAAACGGCGAACCGCACCAUGUCCUCUUCUUCUCCUACCCGAGCUGAUUCAAAGAUUGCAAUACCUAGGCUUCGGCGGCCAGGUCAGAAUCAGCCAUCACCUGCUAGCGAAAGGCACAGAGUGAGCCAUGCUUGUGAUCCAUGUCGCAAACGGAAAUCAAAAUGCGAUGGUCUUCGACCCGUCUGUUCACGUUGCAGAGACCAAGAGAUAGCCUGCGCUUAUUUGGAUGGCAAACGGGAAAAAAUGAAACGAUACACCAAAAGCAAUGCUGCGAAGGUGACUGUGUAUGAGAAGCUCCUCUAUGACAUCCUUCCACACCUGAAGCCUGAAAUGCAAUUAACAGUCCGGACCACACUACUAGAGUGUCGAAAUCUUGCGGAAGAUGAUAAUUCGACUCCAAUCGAAGCUACAGGCUCAGGAGAUGAAGAUGAAUAUGCAGCGUCCGCCGGUGCUGGUUCUCCACGAUUCCAAGAUCGCAUCCAACCAGACUCUGCGGGUUUUGUGAUAACCACAGGAUUCCUUGGAAAAUCUUCUGUCACGAGAUGGAUUGAAGAACUGGCGACAAAACUAUUGAAAUAUUUCGGGCCAACGUCGGAAGAUAUUUUGAACGGAGAGCGCAUCUUCGCAAGUUUCGAUGAACUUUACAAAUGCGUACUUAAAGAAUGCACUUACUUUCUCGAUGAUGAGUACUUAGAGAAAUUUCUAGUAGUCAGGAAAACUGGAAACAGCCCGCCAAAAAUGUUCAAAAAAAUCGACAACCAGUCUGAACCCCUUCAAAAAGAAAUGGCUGACAUAUUUCUUAAUUCAUAUUUCCUAACUGUCCACCCAAUGUUCCCAAUACUUUCAGAGGAGGAGUUCAGAGUACAUUAUGAAAUUUAUUACCAAACAGCCAUCUAUCCCAGUCAUGUCUGGCGCAAUAUCUUGCAUGUCGUUUUCGCCAUUGGUGCACUUCACGCGCUUCGUAUACAAGUUCCGUGCAGCGUCGUUGAAAAUGAUCAUGUUAUGUACGCAUUCCGUUCUGGUGCAUUAGGCCGGAGUUCGACUCAUCUUGGGGAUAUUCCAUCUAUGGAAGAGCUGCAGUUGGCCGCAAUCAGUGGAUUGUAUUAUCUUACGAGCCAUCACAUUAACAGAGCUUGGAAUGUAAUCGGCCUGGCGGUGCGUUUUGCGCAGACACGGGCUCUUCAUUUGGUCAACACGAGUACUGAACUUUCGGAGGGUGAACGAGAAUUCGAAUUAAGAGUUUGGCAUUCCAUCAGCUCAAUGGAACGUUUUCUCUGCGUCCUCACGGGGCGGCCUUCAUCACUUCAGGAUCGUUUUACUAGUGCCCGUUUACCCCGACCAAUGGAUUUUCCAUCCACAGGGCCCCUUGCAUACAAUGCCUCGCGAGCAGCAAUGGCAGCAAUGUAUCCACCUUCUAACACUACCCCAGUGACCAGCUCCGCUAUUCCGCCAUGGACCAUCUUCGUCCGGUGUCUUCGCCUUGAUUUAAUUAUCGCCGAGGCUUUGGAAGAGCUGUAUAGCCCUAGCACAGUAAACCGAACUUGGGCUGGCGUGCAGAACUUAGUUUUAGAUUUAGACAAGAAGCUCGCCCAAUGGAGGGACGAUCUUCCCCACAGAAUUCUGGACCUUUCGCCAGCUUCUAAAGGACUUCCACCCCUGGAUCAACGCAUGUAUCUGAACCUCCGCUUCUAUGGAGCGUGCAUUCUCAUCAACCGCCCAUGUUUUUGUGAGGCUCAACAAUUACGUGACGCAAUCCCGUCCCAGUCCGCAACUUCGAAAAGAAUGGACGAAGAUGCCGCUAUCAGUUGUUUGUCUGCAGCCCGGAAUAUAAUCGACCUCCUUCCUCAAGACAUCCAACCAGCCAAACUGUACCUCGCCACUCCGUGGUGGUGUGUACUGCAUUACAUAGUUCAAGCUGGUACGGUUCUGGUAAUGGAAUUGUCAAUGGAUGUGUCCCAUUUGCCCAACGAAACCGAAAAUUUGAUCAAAGAGUCGACAUGUGUCCUCAGGUGGUUACAAGCGUUGUCAGUGACAAACGAACCCGCCAAUCGAGCCCACGUUAGCCUGAGCCGCCUGAUGUUUCUUGCCCUUGCCAAACUUGGUAAGGACAAUCACAAUCCCGCAAGGCAGUUUAUGGCCAAAGACACGUCAGUCUCUCCGUCCAGCCCCACAAGUGCAAUCUCUGUCAGCCCUCAGCCCUUCAUGCCCAAUCCAGUAUCUGCCGGGUGGCAAGAUUAAGGCCCUAGUCCUGUUGAGGUCAAAGCGAGGCGAAGUGGCUUGACGGUUGUGCUGGCAGGCAAGAUAUGGCCGCGAAAGUCCCUGUCUUAACGGACGACUCAGAGGGCCAAACCAAACCUGCGCUGGAUGGACCGAAACAUGCCCAUGUCCUUGCGCAUUUAGCUAAAGAAGCUAGGUAGUCCAUAGCCCAAAGGACGUUCAAAUUGGGAAAGGAUCUGACCACCAUUUUCUCCUCGAAUCACUGCUUUUCCUUCAUCAGCCCGGUCCUUGGAAUUGUUAGCAAACAUCUUAACCCCUAAUACCACCUGUUCACUGCCCCCAUGUCGCUCUCCCUCUCUCUUCCGCUCUCUAUCUAUACAUAUAUAUUGACCGUUUUAAUAACUCCUUUACCUCUUAAUUAGUAAUAUUAACUGCCCUCUUCAUUGACGGAGCUUUUUUCCUCCUUAUUGGGAAGUCCCUACACUUAGAAAUACAGUACAUACAUAUUCGCAUGUCGAAAUUAACUUACAAAAUCCCAGAAGCUGAAGAAAAUGGAGAUAAGGGAGAUAAGGAAUAGGAUAGAAGUUCAUGACAAGUAUAGGUCAGCUACUCUGUUCGUUUCUCACAUCUUGUUUUGAUACUCUCUCUGUGCAUCCUUUCUAGAACAGGUUAGAUAGUCGCAUCCGCCACUAGCCGUAAUCAAAAUACAUGUUUCC